UCACCAAUUUUCAAAUGAUGUUCAUCCCAAGACUUGUUUUUCAAUUUUCCUUCUAUUCUAUUCAAACAAGUUUAUCAUCAUAACAUGCUUUUGACACAUUACUAUGUUGACUAAUUCAAACAAACCACACACUCUUCUUUCACUCUUGUACCCUAUAACACUAUCAAUGCUCCCUCAUCUCUAUUUCCCUGUCUCUGUGGAUUACUUGCAUGAAACUAGUAAAGCAUAUUCCAUUUUCCUUUUUCACAUGUCAUGCCAUAUAUGCUUUGUUUAUCUCUCUCAUCACUUCAAAUUCUAACGCUUCUGCUUCCUUCUUCCAUAGCCACUGAUUGCUUCAAUUUAGACAGCUUUUUCAUAUAUUGUUCACGGAGCUCUUUCAUCAAUUAUAUGAAUAAAACAUGGGAGAAAGAAAAAGAUAUAUCUUCCAUGUUUCUUGGUUCUUAUAUACUUGUUGAGGGGUCAUAUAGCUGAGAAGACACCACAUCAGAUGAUCACUGCUGAGUAAUUGUUAGAAAAGAAAAUCUGAUUCUAAAGUAAAUCAUGUAGUUCACUUCAUGUUCUACUUAGGUUUUGAAGUAGAUCACGUCAAAUAGCAAUGAAGUUCAUGAAACUUGGAACUCGGUCCGACUCUUUCUACACAGAACAAGCUACCAGAAGUCUAGUUUCAGAUAUACCUCAAGACCUUGUGAUAAAAAUCAACGAUACAACUUACCUGCUACACAAGUCUCCGCUUUUUUCGAAAUGUGGCCUUCUACUAAGACUUGGUUCUGAUACUAAUGAUUCUGAGAGUGUUCCUCUAGAGCUUCAUGAUAUGCCUGGUGGAGCAGAAGCUUUUGAACUCUGUGCUAAAUUCUGCUAUGGAGUUUCAAUCAACAUCAGUGCUCAUAAUUUUGUACCAUCGCUUUGUGCUGCUAAGCUCCUCCAAAUGAAUGAGUCCAUUGAGAGGGGAAACUUUGUAGGUAAACUUGAGUCUUUCUUCAGUUCGUGCAUUCUUGAAGGUUGGAAAGACUCCGUUUCGACGCUGCUGGCUACCGAGAAGUUACCAGAGUGGUCUGAGAAUCUUGGCAUAAUAAGAAAAUGCAUUGAUUCGAUUAUUGAAAAAGUUCUUACACCUCUACCACAGGUGAAAUGGUCCUACACCUACACUAGGCCUGGUUACAACAGAAAAGAGCAUCAUUCUGUUCCAAAGGAUUGGUGGACUGAAGAUAUAUCCAUUCUAAACAUAGAUCUUUUCAGAUGCAUAAUAAUGACUAUUAGAUCAACACAUGUGCUUCCACCGCAGCUUAUCGGCGAAGCCUUGCAUGUUUAUGCAUGUAAGUGGUUACCUUGCAUCAAAAAGGCUAAAAGUUCAGGAAGUUCAGCAUCACAAACAGAAGAAUCCAAGGAGAAAAACAGAAUCAUUCUUGAAACAAUUGUGAGCAUGAUUCCUUCAGAUAGAGGAUCAGUUUCUGUUGGUUUCUUGUUAAGACUUUUGAGCAUUUCAACUCAUUUAGGUGUCUCUACAAUGACAAAAACAGAACUAAUAAAAAGAGGUAGCAUACAGUUUCAUGAGGCUACAGUCAGUGAUUUGCUUUACCCUUCAACAUCAUCUUUGGACCAGAAUUUUUAUGAUAUAGAGUUAGUUCAAGUAGUGUUGGAAAGUUUUCUGAAGUUUUGGAAAAGAAUCUCCCCCGGUGCGGUGGAUAAUAGGCACUACUUGUUAAGAUCAAUCAGAAAAGUUGGUAAAGUUGUUGACUCCUAUCUUCAAGUUGUGGCAAGGGAUGAAAAUAUGGCAGUGUCAAAAUUUGUAGCUCUUGCUGAAACUGUGCCAGCUGUUGGAAGAUUAGAGCAUGAUGAUUUGUACCAAGCAAUCAACAUUUAUCUUAAGGUGCAUCCGGACUUGAGCAAGGUGGAAAAAAAGCGGUUAUGUGGGAUUCUAGAGUGCCAAAGAUUGUCCUCAGAAGCGCGUUCACACGCUGUCAAAAACGAGUUUCUGCCAUCAAGAACUGUGGUGCAGCUCCUAUAUUAUGAACAAGAGAAAGACUCUAAGGUAGCAACAACUAGUACAAAGCUGCAAAAACCACAUGAGCUGCUUCUUCUAGAAGAAAAAAAGAAACCAGCCACAAGAGAUAGCCAUGGAAAGCAAUCUCAAUACCUUGACAAAGAAGCAAUCACAAGAAGAACAUCAAUUGCUGAGAGUAGAGAAAAGGGUCAGCAGAAAACUAAAAGGUUAGAUGAUAAGUUGGCAUUAGACUUGGAAAAAAAGAUGGUUAUAAGAGGAGACAAAGAAGAAAGUAUGUCAGGAAUCAAAAUAAACUUAGAUCAUAAGAAAAUCAUAGGAAGAACAAGAAGCAAUAAAUCAGAAUAUGGCAGUGAAAAGAGAAGAUAGAUUUAAUAAUAGUACUAUAAUAAUCUUUGAACAUUUCAAAGAAAAUUAUUGUCAUCCCUCUCUAUCUAUGCAUUUUUGUCUCCUCUAUUCUUAUCUUAUUAUCUCUUCUUACCUUUCUCAUAAAUGUAACAAUGGUGUGAUCAAGUGUAAUUUAUACUUCAUUUAAAGGUUGUAACUGUAUUUGUUAGUAUAAAAAUAUAGUAAAGUGGUAUGAGGUCUCUUGUCUUACCCCUCUAGAACAAUUGAAGAAUCAUAUUGUCUUGCCAUCAAUUAAAACUAAUAAUCUUGUUGAAUGGA